AGGUAAUAAUUAUACUGCCCUACAGCUGCAGAAUUUUUGGCAUCUUAAUACAGACGAUUAUAAUAUUAAAUGGCUAUUGUAAUGAAUCCCUAAACAUAUUUUUUUAUGUGUUCUCUUUUUCAGCUCCUGUGCAUGAGAAGAGAGCGCAUGAUAACUGGCUCAAAGCUCGUGCUGCAGAAAGAGCUAUAGCUGAAGAGAAAGGAGAAUCUUCUAACUUGCGACACAAAUUAUUGGAAAUGACCCAAAAGAUGGCCAUGCUGCAGGAAGAACCUGUGAUUGUAAAACCAAUGCCAGGAAGACCCAACAUGCAAAAUGCUCCACGGAGAGGGUCAAUGGACGGGCCUCUCCCUCGUCCUCGAUGGUCGUCUGAGGCAUCUGGAAAACCCUCUGCCCCUGGUGAAUAUGGCUACAAAAGGGCCCCUCGUUUCCCAGGGGUGCCCUUCAUGGGCUCCCCUGUGGGAGGCCCUCUCCCACUGCCCAUUCGCUAUGGACCACCUCCUCAACUCUCCGGGCCUCCACCGCCGACUCAGUAUGGACCGCCGCCUCAACUGUCCGGGCCUCCACCGCCCAGUCAGUAUGGACCGCCGCCUCAACUGUCCGGGCCUCCACUGCCCAGGCAGUAUGGACCGCCUCCCCAGCUCUGCGGGCCCUUUGGACCUCAGCCACUUGGUCCACAAUUCGGUCCUGGUCCAUGCCCACCACUAGGCGUAAGAGAAUAUGCACCAGGUGUUCCACCUGGAAAAGGGGACCUGCCUGUCGACCCUCGAGAGUUUUUACCGGGACACGCACCUUUUACACCUCCAGGCAAUUUUGUCCCGAGAGAAUACUUUAUUCCUGGUGCCCGAUUACCACCCCCAACCCACGGCCCCCAGGAUUAUCCACCUUCUGCUGCAAGAGACUUACCACCUUCCGGCUCUCGAGAUGAGCCCCCGUCUGACUCACAGAGCAGUGGCAAGGACUCCUCAUCGGCCUUAAAACACAGCCCCUAAGGGACCUCUGACACUUCGUCCAAGAGAAGGUGAACCGUGCACUCUUGGGUUACAGUAAAGGAUUUUAUUGGCUUCAAAAUCCAAAAGUUUAUUUUCAAAGGUUUUAGAACUAAGCUGCCCUGGCAGUGUGCAUUUUUGAGCCAAUCAAUUAAAAAAUAUCAUUUUCCCCCCUAAAUAGAUACCACCUCGGAAUCUAGCACCUUCUUACAACUUUGAAAUGUGCAAUAAAGAAUACCUGUGUUUCAUUAAUGUA